AUGUUAACAACUUUCAAAUGUUAUUUUACUGGGGAUAACAAAUCUUGUGUUAACUGCACUACCACAAUUGAAACAGCCACAAAAAUCUUGAUCUUUGGCAUGUAUUUAAUGGCAAAGACGUCCAUUAACUUUCACUGGAGGCCAACAACAGAUGGAAAAUCUUGGAGGAGAAACGCAAAAAGAUGCCCACAUAUUUCUUUUUGAUUAACUAAAUUGGGCGAAGAUCUAAAUAGAGGAAUUUAUGAAAUUGCUGGAAAUGAAUUCAAAGACAGUAGUUUAAUUAAUUUGGAAAUUGAUACAAUUAGAAAAGCUGGAACAGCUUAUUUAUCUAAGCAGCAUACAUACUCCUCUUCAAUUAUUACUGAUAUUGGCUGUAGU